CGCAAUGAGUGUCAUUCUCUCUGUGUGUAUGGGCGUACGUCGAUCUUUUUUGGGCAGCCAUGGCUGGAUCGGCGCCGGGUCUAGUGGGGAGGCUGCGGCAUUUGUGUUACCGGUAUCAGGAUUACGUGAAGCGGCAUCCAGCGGCCACUGCUCAGCUGGAGAGCACCGUGCGGGGCCUCUCUUACUUGCUGCCAGGUCGAUUUUCUGACUCUCAUGAGCUGUCUGAACUGGUGUAUUCUGCCUCCAGUCUGCUGGUCCUACUCAAUGACUGGAUUCUUCGAAAGGAGCUGCAGCAAUCCCUCCCGGUGCCAUUUUCCCAGCAGAAAUUGCUAACAUGGCUCAGUGUUCUCGAAUGCCUGGAGGUCUUUGGCGAGAUGGGAGCUGCCAAGGUGUGGGGUGAGAAUGGCCGGUGGGCCACUAUUGUCCUUAUCCAGUUAACCAAAGCCAUUUUGCGCCUCCUGCUCUUGCUCUGGUAUAAAGCUGGCAUCCAGACCUCUCCUCCCAUUGUACCACUAGACAGGAGACUAUCAUUGUAUCAGAAAGCCCUGGAAGCCAGCUUAGUAGGAAAAGAGCAGAUCUUCGUGGGGAAGCGAUGUAGUCGUGUAGUGAGGUCUCUCGAAAGCACCCCUUCCCUGCGCUCUAGACAUUGGGGUGAGCCUCAGCAACGUGAGGAAAAGCAGAACCAAAGAGCAAUGGAGAGCAACCAACUAUCAACACCUUUGGGCACCCAGGAGACACUUGCUGAGUCUAUCUUUGUUACCCGUCCAUUGAUGCACUUAUUGAGUUUAGCUGUGUGGGGACAAAAAUCUUGGAAACCCUGGCUUCUAUCAGGCAUCUUGGAUGUUGCAAGCUUGAGUUUACUGAGUGAUAAGAAAGAUCUCAACAAACGUGAACGAAUGGAGCUGAAACGGCGGACUAUCCUGCUACUAUAUUACCUAUUAAGAUCUCCCUUCUAUGACAGAUACUCUGAGGGCAGGAUUCUCUUUCUUCUGCGCUUGUUGGCAGAUUAUGUCCCUGGCGUCGGUCUAGUGACUCGACCUUUGAUGGAUUACUUGCCAGCCUGGCAGAAAAUUUAUUUCUAUAAUUGGGGCUGAUCUGGCUUCAGCUUGAACUACUGCAACCAGAGAAGAUUUGAGCUGAAAGCUUGUGCUGACAGAAUGACUUUAUACAGAGGAAAACAAUCAUGAGACUUGGGGUGGGUGGGGAGGGGGGAAGGGCAGCAGCACAUCUCUCUAUGACUUGUAUUAAUGGUUUGAGAAAGAAGAAUAAGGCUUUUCCUGACUUUUUUUAAACAAAUGCCUUCCUGAAAGUACUACAAAGACGGCUUAAAAUGUGUAUGCUGUUUCCUUCCUAUUUGGUAAUAACUGGUUUCAAAGCAUGGGCCUCUGGGUUGGGAGGGGUGCAGAACUCUUUUUUUGUAAGCAUUUUGUACAGUUGUGGAUGAAUAAAGCCAAGGGACUGCA